AUGACCAAAUAUAAACAAUUGUCAAUGCAUGACCAAUCCGAUUCUAUGAAUACUUUCUACGACAAAUACCAAUCUUUACCAUUAGUCAUAUUUAAAUCUUGGAGAUACCGAUACAGCAGCCAAAAACAAUUCUGUCCCAUAUUCCACCGCUCUCCGGUGCUAUUCAAGCCCGAAGAUCUCUCCCAAGCAAAACAUUUAGCCGAAUUCAUCGUCAAUAAAAUGGAAUCAGACAAAGCAUUGCCUACUGGUGAUAAAGAAACCAUAGACUUCAAUUUUGCCUUAAGAAGCAUCGGCUACAAAUCCAUUUGCGCCGAUCCCAACCUAAAUUUCGACACAUCUAAAGGUUUUAUCCCUAACAAAGACGGUAAAGUUUUAACCCAAACCGGAAAAAUAGAUCCUGGUCUUUAUGUGGCUGGCUGGUUAAGAACGGGACCGACUGGUGUUAUUUUGACCACAAUGUCGAAUGCUUUCGAAGUCGCGGAAAAUAUGUGUAAAGAUUUCGAAAUGCAGAAAGACGAGGACUCAAAAAGUGGAUUUGAAGGCUUGGGGUUGAAGAAUCAAGUUGUUACCUGGAAGGAUUGGCAGAAGAUUGAUAAAUUCGAGAUGGAUGAGGGUAAAAAAUUGGGUAAACCUAGGGAGAAAUUGUUGGAUGUUAGGAAGAUGUUGGAGAUUGCUGGUUAGGUAAAUUAAAUAAUUUUUAUGGUUGUUGGAUAUUUUAUAAAAAUGUUAAUAAAGGGCCAAUUUUUGGAUAAAAUAUAAAUGUUAUGGUAAUGCUAUGUUCAUAUGAAUUGGUAGUAAAAACUGUCAAAAUGCUAUGUAUUUGCAGUGCAAUUAGGCGCUUUACACAUGAAACCCUUAGGUCCAUAAAUCACGUGAUCAAUUUUUUUAGGGUUUUUGAAUUUACACGUGGUAAUAUUUAAAAUCAUCCUCUCUCCC